AACAGCAAAAGAAGACUCAACAGUCGCCAAUUCAUAUCAAAUUAAAGCCAGACAAGCUGGCAAGGUUAAGUUAAAGCAAGACAAGCUGACAAAAUAUUCAGAAGCCCCGGCCCCCUGGCCGGGUAAAGAUACACAAAUACACGGCACGCAAGCCGGAUCAAGUUUGAAUAUAGAAAAGCUUAAACUGUUAGAGGGACCUCGCCUUCAGCAGCCGCCUUCUCUUGCUGAGGAGGGGACACUUGAUUGCUCUGCCACCCUCGUUGGUCUUCCCGCCGAUCAACCACAGUCAUCUGCGUUUCACCGUCGUCUUCUUUUCUCAACAACAUUGACUCCAACGCCGCUUCAUGGCGGUAACAAAAAGACAUCCUAAUAGCAAAGAGUGUAAAAUUAGGGCCAUAUUAACCCUUAGGGAAAGAAUCUUAUUCGCAGUGGCAACUUCAUCUCAACAACACGGUGUUAGGAACUUCGAACAGUUAGAGGAAGACGUUGAUUUCAUGGCUGUGAUCAUGUGAUGUAAAAAGGGAGGAAGACAGGAUUAUAUUUACAUAUUAAUCCCCAAUUUCAUUGCGGAAUUUACCAAAAUACCCUUAAAUUAAUAAAUUGUAUAUCAGGCUGAUAUUUCCUCUUUCUCGAGGUUUCUGGCGCUGCUUGGCUUCUGCUUUGCUAACACUAUCGGCCUUUGGAGUCGGCUUGCCAGAAAGGAAACUUGCUGUAAUUACUCUCUUCAACGUUAAUGUUAUGUCUCUCACUCAACUUGAUGACGAUAUUGUGCGCACCAUGUUCAUUGGCGCCGUCUUCUCAGACUUUGGUGGAAAGAUAAACUCAAUCGAUUUCCAUCGAACAAGUGAUCUGUUGGUUACUGCAAGUGAUGAUGAUUCAGUUCGACUUUAUGACAUUGUUAGUGCCAAACUUCUGAAGACCACAUAUCAUAAAAAACAUGGUGCUGAUUGUAUAUGCUUCACCCACCACCCUAGCUCGGUGAUUUGUUCCUCCAAGUAUAACCUUGAUUCAACAGGAGAAUCCCUACGAUAUCUUUCCAUGUAUGAUAAUCGCUGUCUUCGUUAUUUUAAAGGCCAUAAAGAAAGAAUUGUUUCCUUGUGCAUGUCACCAAUCAAUGAUAGCUUUAUGUCUGGUUCCCUUGACCACAGUGUAAGAAUAUGGGAUCUUCGAGUAAAUUCCUGCCAGGGGAUUUUACGGUUGCGGGGAAGACCAGCUGUUGCAUAUGAUCAGCAAGGACUUGUUUUUGCAGUUGCAAUGGAAGGGGGUGCUGUUAAAUUGUUUGAUUCGCGCUCCUAUGAUAAGGGUCCUUUUGAUACCUUUCUAGUCGGUGGAGAUACUGCGGAAGUCUGUGACAUAAAAUUUAGUAAUGAUGGAAAAUCUAUGCUCUUGACAACCACAAACAAUAAUGUGUAUGUCCUUGAUGCAUAUGCUGGGGAAAAGCGCUGUGGAUUCAGCUUAGAGCCUUCACAUAACACAACGAUAGAAGCAACAUUCACUCCUGAUGGACAAUACGUUGUUGCAGGUUCAGGUGAUGGAAGCUUGCAUGCUUGGGAUAUUAAAUCAAGGAGUGAGAUUGGACGUUGGAGUAGUCACAUCGGUGUUGCAUCCUGUUUGAAGUGGGCACCGCGAAGGGUGAUGUUUGUGGCAGCUUCGAGUGUUCUUACUUUCUGGAUACCUAACCAUGGAAAAAUCACUGGCGAAUCUAACGCCAAGGAUGCUGAUGCUGCAACUAAACUGGAGUGACAGCAUUCUGACAGCAUGAUCACAUUAAUAUAUGCAUCAGGCAAUCCAGUGCAUUACAAUAGAUAUAUGCGUGGCCAACAUGACUGAUAUUAACUUAGGAAGAAGACAAGAGUUACUGGUUAUGUAGCAAUCAGUUUACAUUAUUUGACCAUUUGAAGUUCGACUUAACAGUGCAUUUUAGCAUGUGAAAUUCGACAGUGCCUAUAUAAAAUCAUUACCCUUUUUUUUUUUC